CUUUGUGCGAUACACACUUUCCGAGAUGUGUGCAUAAGCUCACUUGGGGUGAAGGAAUUACCAGAGUCUCCUCAAAUUCUUGGAUAUCUGUCAAUUGCGGUAUCAAUAAGCAAUACAGGACGAAGCCGUAAUAUAAUGGAGGAACAAGGUACCUCUGAGCAGAGAAAAUCCGCUUUGGAUAGAAUCAAGGAACAAAGGGCAGCCCUGAAGAAUUUCUACAAGUUGAAGGAAGAAAAUGAGAAGGAGGACAAGCAAGCUGAGAGUGAUGGAGAAUUUGGUGGGUCGAAGAUACCGCUGAUACAUAAAAACUCUUCUUCUUUCUCUAUAGGAGGGAUUGAUCCAUCAUCCAUUGACGAUAUGGAGGAUUUCAUCGCCAACGAGUCGUAUAUGAACAUCCUGAAGGUUGAAAACAGAGUUUUGGAUAAACUCAACUCGGCCAAAAGUGAAAUAAAAUCUACGAUAUACAACAACUACUACGAAUUGAUCAAGAUAAACAAUGUUUUGGGGGAUCUACUAAGGCCUAAUGAUUCAGAGGUGUAUUCUGACACUAUAACAGACAAUCUGAAUACCAUUCGAGACAACAUGCAAAAAAUCAAGUCACUAGAUAUCGACAUAUUUGGUGACCUAGAGGACCAACAAGCGCGAAAGAACAAUGAAACGGCCAAGUGAAUGGUACUGUGGUUAGAGGUAAUCAUAAAAGUUUUGUACAACGCUAGUUAUAAAGUCUACAGCU